UCCGCACAAUUCUCCAUAUCGCAUACAUUCCUUACGUAUAGAACAUAAAAUUCAGCAUCUCUCUAACAAUCGAUCAUCUCAAAGCCAUCAUACUUCGACGCAAACGCAAAUAAACAAUGCCAGAUAGAUUCGCCGUAAUUUUAUCCCUUGAGCUCUCUUUCUCCCUCCUCUCAUCUCGAAACUCUGAUUAGGCCCUGUUGGAAGAAAAAGGGGAAGCUUGCUUUAGCUCUUCCGAACUUUGUAUCUAGGGUUUGUAUCUUUCGGUGCUGGGAGGGAGAUGGACGCGGCGGAUACGGACAUGACGGAUGCGGGUCCAUCGAGGCAUCAAGCAGCGGUGGCGCAGCCGCCGGGCCUCGAGAGCAUACAGGCCACGCUAAGCCGUGGCGGACGCUUCAUACAAUACAAUAUUUUCGGUAACGUCUUCGAGGUCACUUCCAAGUACAAGCCGCCUAUUAUGCCAAUUGGGAAAGGGGCCUACGGGAUCGUGUGCUCGGCGUUCAAUUCUGAGACGGGCGAACAGGUGGCUAUCAAGAAAAUUGCGAAUGCUUUUGAUAAUAAGAUCGAUGCGAAGAGGACCUUGCGGGAGAUUAAGCUGCUUCGACAUAUGGAUCAUGAAAAUGUUGUUGCAAUCAGAGAUAUAAUUCCAACCCCACAAAGGGAACCAUUCAAUGACGUAUACAUUGCUUAUGAACUUAUGGACACUGAUCUCCAUCAGAUAAUUCGCUCAAAUCAGUCUCUGUCAGAAGAACACUGUCAGUAUUUCCUUUAUCAAAUCCUUCGUGGACUAAAAUACAUACAUUCUGCAAGUGUUCUACAUAGAGAUUUGAAGCCCAGCAACCUUCUACUGAAUGCUAACUGUGAUUUGAAGAUAUGCGACUUUGGAUUGGCUCGCACUACCUCGGAAACUGAUUUCAUGACCGAGUAUGUUGUUACAAGAUGGUACCGUGCACCAGAACUUCUGUUAAAUUCUUCAGAGUACACAACAGCAAUUGAUGUCUGGUCAGUUGGUUGCAUUUUUAUGGAACUAAUGGACCGCAAGCCCUUAUUUCCAGGGAGAGACCACGUACAUCAAUUACGCCUAUUGAUGGAGCUUAUAGGAACUCCUGAUGAAGCCGAUCUGGGAUAUGUAAAUGAGAAUGCAAGAAGAUACAUUAAUCAGCUUCCUCGCCAUAGACCCCAAUCGUUUCAUGAAAAAUUUCCUCAUGUUCAUCCUCAAGCUAUUGACCUUGUUGAAAAGAUGUUAACAUUUGAUCCAAGAAAGAGACUUACAGUUGAAGAAGCCCUCGAACAUCCUUACCUCGCAUCAUUGCAUGACAUCAGUGACGAGCCAGUCUGCUUGAUGCCAUUCAGCUUUGACUUCGAGCAGCAUGCUUUGUCAGAGGAGCAGAUGAAGGAGCUAAUAUACCGUGAGGCCCUUGCUUUCAACCCUGAGUAUCAAUUUAUUUAGGGUUUUGCUUUCUGAAUUUAGAUGCACUCCAUUUUUUUUUUUUUCGCUUGUCUGCUUAGCUCCCAUUGUUUUUGUAUUCUAGGAUCCAUGUAUAUUGUAUAUAUCGUUAUUGAACUACUUUCUGCUUCUGUUAUAUUGACUGUAAAAUCUAAAUGCAAAGAAUUUGUUUUGGUGGAAUAUUAGUUUGUUUGCAUCUAA